GAUUUAUUUAUUUAUUUGAAAAAGAGUUCUAGAGAGAGGCAGAGAGACAGAAGUCUUCCAUCUGCUGGUUCACUCCCCAAAUGGCCGCAACGGCUGGAGCUUCGCCAGUCUGAAACCAGGAGCCAGGAGCUUCUUCCAGGUCUCACACAGAGGUGCCGGGGCCCAAGGACCUGCGCCAUCUUCCAGUGCUUUCCCAGGCCAUAGCAGAGAGCUGGAUUGGAAGUGGAGCAGCUUGGACUUGCUAUGCCACAGCGCUAUGCCACAGUGUCGGCCCUCUGUCGAGUGGAAUGUCAUGGCCAGCUCCUCGGAUAGUGAAGAUGACGGCUUCAUGGCUGUGGACCAAGAAGAAGCUGUGCUGGAGGGGGCAAUGGAGCAAGACGAGGAGCCCCGCCCCGUGCUGGAGGUGGAGGAGACCAGACACAGCAGGUCCAUGGCCGAGCUGCCAGAAGAGGUGUUGGAGUACAUCCUGUCCUUUCUCUCUCCCUAUCAGGAACACAAAACUGCAGCCCUCGUGUGCAAGCAGUGGUAUCGACUUAUCAAAGGUGUAGCCCACCAGUGUUAUCAUGGCUUCAUGAAAGCUGUCCAGGAAGGAAGCAUUCAGUGGGAGAGCCGGACGUACCCUUACCCUGGAACUCCCAUCACGCAGAGGUUCUCGCACAGUGCAUGCUAUUAUGAUGCUAACCAGUCUAUGUAUGUGUUUGGAGGCUGCACCCAGAGUAGCUGCAAUGCUGCUUUCAAUGACCUCUGGAGACUCGACCUAAAUAGCAAAGAGUGGAUCCGACCUUUGGCAUCAGGGUCCUAUCCUUCCCCAAAAGCUGGAGCGACUCUGGUCGUGUACAAGGACUUGCUAGUGCUGUUUGGUGGCUGGACACGGCCAAGCCCUUACCCACUGCACCAACCAGAGAGGUUCUUUGAUGAAAUACAUACUUACUCUCCCUCUAAAAACUGGUGGAAUUGCAUUGUGACCACCCACGGACCACCUCCCAUGGCUGGCCACUCCUCCUGUGUGAUUGAUGAUAAAAUGAUUGUCUUUGGUGGCUCUUUAGGGUCCCGGCAAAUGAGCAGCGAUGUCUGGGUCCUUGACCUCGAACAGUGGGCGUGGUCCAAGCCGAACAUCUCGGGCCCCAGUCCUCAUCCUCGAGGUGGCCAAUCUCAGAUUGUCAUAGAUGAUGCGACUAUCUUAAUCCUUGGAGGGUGUGGUGGUCCCAAUGCUCUGUUCAAGGAUGCUUGGUUGCUGCACAUGCACUCGGGUCCCUGGGCCUGGCAGCCACUCAAGGUGGAAAAUGAAGACCACGGGGCUCCGGAACUGUGGUGCCACCCAGCUUGCCGGGUGGGACAGUGUGUGGUGGUCUUCAGCCAGGCUCCUAGUGGGAGAGCCCCACUUAGCCCCAGUUUGAAUUCUCGCCCCUCACCUAUCAGUGCCACUCCUCCGGCCCUGGUCCCAGAGACUCGCGAGUACCGCUCCCAGUCUCCAGUAAGGAGUAUGGACGAAGCACCUUGUGUUAAUGGCCGCUGGGGAACCCUGAGGCCCAGGGCUCAACGGCAGACUCCCUCAGGUUCCCGUGAAGGGAGCCUUUCCCCCGCCCGAGGAGACGGCUCUCCCGUGCUCAACGGUGGGAGUCUGUCUCCAGGAACAGCUGCUGUCGGUGGCUCUUCCCUGGACAGCCCUACUCAGGCCGUGUCUCCAAGCACUCCAUCUGCUGCUGAAGGCUAUGACCUAAAGAUGGGACUCUCUGUGGCCCCCCGACGAGGGUCGCUACCAGAUCAGAAAGAUCUGAGAUUAGGAUCAGUCGAUCUGAAUUGGGACCUGAAACCUGCCUCUGGUGGCAAUCACAUGGAUGGUGUGGACAACAGGACAGCUGGGGGAGGUCUGAGACACCCUCCGGAACAGACCAAUGGUGUGCACACCCCGCCACACGUGGCUAGCGCCCUCGCAGGGGCCGUCUCUCCAGGUACCCUGCGUCGGAGCCUGGAAGCCAUCAAAGCAAUGUCACCCAAAGGCUCCUCGGCCUCCGCGGCACCAAGCCCUCCUCUGGGGUCUUCUCCAGGCUCCCCUGGGAGCCAGAGCCUGAGCAGUGGCGAAGUGGUGCCCAUUGCCCGCCCAGGGCCUGCGCAAGGAGACGGACAUUCCCUACCUCCCAUUGCCCGCCGUCUGGGCCACCACCCUCCCCAGUCCCUGAAUGUCGGCAAACCGCUGUACCAGAGUAUGAACUGCAAGCCCAUGCAGAUGUACGUGCUGGACAUCAAAGACACCAAGGAGAAGGGCCGGGUGAAGUGGAAAGUGUUCCACAGCACCUCCGUGGUCGGGCCUCCGGAAACCAGCCUGCACACGGUGGUCCAGGGCAGGGGGGAGCUCAUCAUCUUUGGAGGACUCAUGGACAAGAAGCAGAAUGUGAAGUACUACCCAAAAACAAACGCCUUGUACUUCGUGCGAGCAAAGAGAUAAUGCGCUCUCACCCCCCCCCCCCCCCGCCCUGGCUUUCAGCGUGGAGUUUUCCAGCGUGCAAGCAUUGGACUGAGAAUUGGGAAAACGAUGAAAUUACUCCCAUAAGCCAAACUCCAGUUCCCAACCCAGCCCACUCUGGGCUGGGAGCAAAUCUCCAUUAAGAAAAAAUUAUAUAUAAAUAUAUACAUAUAUAUAUAUUAUAUAACCAACUCUGUUUACAAAAAGGGAGAGCUCUCCAUCCUGAUUCAGAUAAAAUUAUUGCUGUGUUUUAGCAGAGGCUCUGCUGCCUUUUUCUACUUUGCUGGUAACCAGACCAAGAAGUUCGGGAACAGACUAACUCACUACUAGCAGUAACUUCCCAAAAGAACCUGAAGAGCCCCUUGUAGACUUCCGUGGCCUUCUCAGAAGACGACUGGGCAGGCGUGAGAUGCGAAGGUGAGGCUUUCAGACGCCAGCCUCGGGUGCUGGCAGGGGAAGAGGGACUCAGAGAAAACUGUUCUUCGCUCUGGGCUCCAGCCCGAGCCUGUGACGGCUCUGCGGAAUGCCCUGCGCAGGCCCCUUCUGCUCUUGUGACUGGGGACAGCCGCCCGACAAGAGGCUUUGUUCCGUGUGUGUGUGCCAGGAUCAUUGUGAACGAAUAAUGUCCGUGCAGCCAGCAUCGAUCCGCUGCUGCCCACUGGUCUUUUGAGUGCUUCCUACAUGGCUCAGAAAACAUUUCCGUGUCUGAUUGUGGGAUUUUUCUGACCUUUUUUUUUUGGUUGCAAAUUGCCAAAAACUAGACUUGUUUUCGUUUUCCUUCCUUUAGAAUUUGGUCUUCCGAAGCUGCCUGUUCUGUUUAUAAGCUGAUUUUUCCCUUGCAUAUGUAGAUUUUGUAAAGCUCUAAAACUUUUCUCACUUUCUGUUUCUUUUACAAACUCAGGUGCCUAGAGAACUCAGAUGUUUCUUAGAAAUCUUCUUGGAACCUUUCCCGUGUGCCUGGGGGGCCGGUAGGGAAUUCCCAGGUUGCCCUGUCCGAGCAGUCCUUGCAGCAUGGAAAGACAGCGCUUUGCCUUCUGGGCUGCUUGUGACAGUGCAGAGCCCUGGGCACACCCACCCAUGCCUGCUGGGUGUGGAGAUCGGUCCUGGGGGGAUUCCUGACACUUCCUUCCAGAAAUGCUUUUCCCCUAUGUCAGGGGGUGGGUUGCGGAUCACGUGCUGCACGGGGCUGACCGCGGCGGCAGCUCCGCCUUUCCUGCUUGUCUCGUUCACGUGGCGCCCAAACAGAGCUUGGGUUCUUACUUUAUUUGUUUUCUGAGUCGAGGUGCAACCAAGGGCUCCCCCCACCCCGCCCCAUGUCUUUGGUCAAUACAGAAGGUUAUAAGUUCUUAAGACUCAAAACUGUGGCCUAGACAUAUGAGAUAUCCAACUAAGUUUAUAUCCAGUGGCACUGUUUAAACAUGGAUUACUGGUGAUUUCUUACCAGUGGAGAGAGGAUUUUCUGUUUUGCCUUUAGGAUUUAAAUUUCCAAACAUCACAUUUCCCACCCCCACUUUCCCCUUUGUCUUUCUAACGUUUCCCAGGCUUGCCUGCUUGCAGCUGGCCCAGGCUCCUGGCUUGGAGCCCACGCUUAGCAGCCUGUCUGGUCCCCAAUCCGUGUGUUUCCGCCUGUUACAUCAUGCUGGAUCCUUCCCCUCACCACUGGCUUUCACACAUGGUCUGGUGGGAAAGCCCAGGAAAGGGCAGCUCACGAGGGUUCUGUGCUCCAGAAGCGGCUCCCCACGCCCUGGUGCGUGAAGUGUAGGUGCCUGCCUCCUCUGGCAUCCCCUGCUUGCGGCUGUGCGCUUGGUUUUCCAGACUCCCUGCUCUGGGGCUGCUGCUAGUCUGUUUUUGGCCAAAAAAACUGUUCAAUCAUGUGGGUCCUGAUCUACAAGGAAAAGCCCGGAAGAUUAGCAAUUUAGGCAUUGUUGCUAUUGCUGAACCUUGUGUUUGACCUGGCGGAUGUGCAUGGACGGUGCCUCCAAGCUGGUUUCCUACAGAAACAAAGUAUCAGAAUGUCAACCUUGUAACCUUUCCCUUGGUCCCCUGGCCUUCCGAGCCAGCUGUUAACCUGUUGAUCCCUUCUCCGUCCCCUGCGUGGGCAGGCAGUGGAGGUGCUCCUUAUAGAAAGUACGGCGGUUCUUCUGAGCUCUGGCGUCCCAGUGUUACCCAUACCGCCCGGAACCAAACCGUCCGAGAAAGCCUGCCUUGUCUGCACCCGGUGGUGUUGGUCCUGGUGGCCCCAGGCACUGUGGCUGUGCCCCCCUUUGGCAAAGCAACCAGACUUGGUCCUGGUGAUGGUCACCCCAGGCCUUCGCAAAGCUGCAGGUGCAGUGGACUCCAGUUCCACGAGGUGCUCCCUCGUGUCCGAGCCAGCCGCAACUCUGUUUCUGACAUACCAGUUUUGUCUUAAAAUUCGCUGAGAAGAAUGAGACAAAAUGUUGUUUUUAAACCCUCAGGAGCACCUACAGCAAAUGUUUAUCAGUAUUUAAGUAUUUAAGAUACCUUUUGUUUCUACUUGAAGCUUUAACCCCUUCCAUUCCUGCAAGUGUGCCUUGAGAGCCCCUGUGUCCUACCGAUGUCCCCGGCCACCUCCUCGUUGGCCCCGUGUGAGGAUUCGCAUCCCUUCCUGCCCUCCCCUCCUGGACAGAGCUUCCUGCUCCCCCGUCCCACGGUCACGCUGCAGAGGCUUCCCUGUUCUUGUUCACACUUCCGCCUGUCUUCCACGGCCCCACCCGGCCCACGUGUAGGUGUCAGAACGAGCUUCAAUGUCUUCAGAAUUGCCUGGCGCACUCUCCCGGCGCCUCCGUCUGUGUUCCAUGAACUGUCCUAAGAGCUGUGCUGCGCUCUCUACCCUCCAAGAAAGAACAGAAGACGAGGAGGAAGAAGCAAAACCGGCUUCAGAAGUCUCGGCUUUGGAGAGCAGAAAGCCCCAGCCAGCAGGGUCAAGGACGCUUCCUCUCCUUUCACCUGGCCUGCUCCGCUCUGUUCCUCCCCUGAAAGUAACUCUCUCGGUCGGUCUGUCUGUCCUUGUCCUUGUGAUCCUGGCAUGGUGGCGUGUUCUGCUUUGCAUUAUCUGUGGUCUCUUCCAGUGCCCAGGUCAGUGGGGAGGGGCUGGACACACCCAGGGCCGAGGAGGAGGAGACCUGUGCGGCCUGUGGACUGGGGACCGCGGAAAGCGCGUCCUGCAGGUGGCGGUUAGCGGCCCCUCCCACCACGGUCCUUGUCGUCAGCGGGAGCAGACUUCGACUCUUGGCUCUGCUGCCCUCCCACCAACCAGGGUUCAUGCCGGUGCACAGCCAUCGUGCCCUGGCCACGCCGGUGCUGCGAGUGAGGUUUCCCAUCCAACUCAGGGCCGCCAGGCGGCUUACCCUGAGCUAGUCAUUUUAGGCACAUAACAGUGUAGGAAUGAAAAUGGAUUUCAUUGAUAUUUAAAUCUCUGUCAAUUUCAUUUUUUGUUAAUGUUUUCCCCAAUGACUUUUUAGCAGUUUAACAAAUAAAAUGGACAGAAUUGUCUUA